CCGUGGAGCCCAAAAUAGCCCCUUGCUCACCUGGAGGGGGGCGGGGGGGGGCCGGGGCUGCCUCCUGCCCUCAUCCCGCUGCUCCAUAUUAAUGAGCCCCUUCCUCCUCCUCCUCCUCCUCCUCCUCCCCCCGUCCCUCCCCGUGUCCGGCGGUGCCGAACCCGAGCUCCGCGACACGAGCCCACCCGCGCUCGGGUCCGGCCGCCCUCGCCAUGGCCGGGGGUCCCUCGAUGUUCCAGCUCUGGCUCCUGCUCCAAAGCUCCUGCCUCUGCCUGGCACAGCUCCGAGGGCCACCAGGACAGCCCGGCCCGAGAGGGCCCCCUGGUCCUCCAGGAGUGCCGGGAGCGGACGGGAUUGACGGUGACAAAGGCCCUGCUGGAGCCCCGGGCUCCCCGGGUGUCAAGGGGGACCCCGGAGCCCCCGGCCCCAAUGGACCCCCAGGGAAGCCGGGCAUCGACGGCCUGACAGGAGCAAAGGGGGAGCCAGGACCCAUCGGAGCCCCAGGAAUAAAAGGCCAGCCUGGACUCCCAGGGCCUCCAGGGCUCCCCGGUCCUUCUCUGCCAGGACCACCAGGGCUUCCAGGCCAAGUUGGGCUUCCUGGAGAGAUCGGGGUGCUGGGACCCAAGGGUGACCCUGGACCCGACGGCCCCCGGGGUCCCCCAGGCCCUCCAGGGAAACCCGGCCUCCCGGGACACAUCCAAGGACUGGAAGGCAGCGCUGAUUUCCUGUGCCCGACCAGCUGCCCCCCAGGUCCCAAGGGCCCCCAGGGACUGCAGGGACUGAAGGGACACAGAGGCCGCCCCGGUGCCCUCGGGGAGCCUGGCAGGCAGGGCGAGCAGGGCCCCAAGGGCGACGUCGGUGCCUCUGGAGAACAAGGAGUCCCAGGCCCUGCGGGACCUCAGGGCCCGAGGGGGUACCCUGGGAUGGCAGGACCCAAGGGCGAGGCGGGCCCUGCUGGGUACAAGGGCAUGGUGGGGUCCGUCGGAGCGGCCGGGCGGCCGGGCAGGGAAGGCCCCAAGGGACCACCUGGGGACCCUGGUGAGAAGGGAGAGCUGGGUGGCCGUGGCAUCAGGGGACCCCAGGGGGACAUUGGCCCCAAGGGGGAGAAUGGUCUGCCGGGCAUCGACGGCAAGGAUGGCACCCCGGGUAUCCCAGGGGUGAAGGGCAGCGUGGGACAGGCCGGACACCCCGGCACACCAGGACACCGGGGACAAGCUGGCUUGCCAGGCCAGCCAGGAAGCAAAGGUGGCCCAGGAGACAAGGGUGAAGUGGGUGCCCGUGGCCAGCCUGGCGUCACCGGUGCCCCAGGGCAGCUUGGCGAGCCUGGCCCUCGGGGCGAGCAGGGCCCGCAGGGUGUCCCUGGGCUGAAGGGUGACCGUGGCGAGCGUGGCCUCGUGGGACCCCAGGGGGAGCAGGGCAGAGUGGGGCAGAAGGGCGAGCAGGGCCCCCCGGGGAUCCCGGGACCCCAAGGCUUGCCAGGAUUCAAAGGAGACAAAGGCUCCCCAGGGAAAACUGGCCCCAAAGGCAGCGUUGGAGACCCUGGUGUUCACGGCCUGGCGGGGCUGAAGGGAGAGAAGGGUGAAUCAGGAGAGCCAGGGCCAAAGGGACAGCAAGGCAUCCAGGGCGACCUGGGCUUCCCUGGCCCCUCGGGGGACGCUGGAGCGCCGGGUGUGAGGGGCUACCCCGGCCCCCCCGGCCCACGGGGGCUGGUGGGGGAGCGUGGAGUGCCAGGGAUGCCCGGCCAGAGGGGCCUAGCGGGCCGGGACGCCGGGGACCAGCACAUCGUCGACGUGGUGCUGAAGAUGCUGCAAGAGCAGCUGGCGGAGGUUGCGGUCAGUGCCAAGAGAGCUGCCCUGGGGGGAGUGGGCGCCGUGGGACCCCCUGGGCCCCCUGGUCCCCCAGGGCCUCCUGGUGAGCAGGGUCCACACGGCCCCAUGGGGCCCCGAGGCGUCCCUGGGAUUCUGGGAGCUGCCGGCCAGAUCGGCAACGUAGGACCUAAAGGGAAGCGAGGGGAGAAGGGUGAGCGGGGGGAAGUUGGCCGUGGCCACCCAGGAAUGCCGGGUCCCCCGGGGAUCCCAGGUCCCCCCGGCAUCCCCGGCCACGCUCUGGAUGGCAAAGCGGGCGAGCGGGGCCUGCCUGGUUCCCCGGGAGAGGCUGGGAGGCCGGGAUUGCCCGGUCCCACGGGACUGCCCGGCUUCUGUGAGCCAGCUGCCUGCCUGGGAGCCUCGGCAUACGCUGCUGCCCGCCUGCCAGAGCCGGGCGCCGUCAAGGGCCCCCUGUACUGAGGGGCCACCGGCACCGAGCCACGGCGGAGAGACCACGACACUGCAA